UAUUUAUGGCCGUCGCAGUUCUUGGAAUAUACGAUAUUGCCGGGCGGAAGGUUAUCACGCUUGAGACUAGCACAACAUAAUAAAUUGGCGUCCUCAGAUCAAUCAGAUUCAGUUCAAUUUACGCAGCGUGCGAGCUGCCAGGGUUUGUUUGUGAAUACUUAGCUUUAUCUCAACUCUUAAGUGUUUGGAUAAAUCAAAACCAUGAGACGACUACUUCUGUUUGCCGCACUAUCGGCGUUGGCUUUGGCCAAACCUGAACUUUAUAAAGAAAAAGAAGACUUUCACUAUUCUAGAAGUUCGUCGGACGAAGGUAGCAAGUCUGGAUUUUAUGGUGCGCAAAGAGGAAACAUGGGGGGUAAUUUUGAACGUGCUCACAACAUGGAUUCACUUGCUCAAAGACAUUUGAGCGGCGCGAUCUCACAAGUUGAAGGAGAGUUGGGCGAGGAGGGAUCAAAAACCAGAACGGGUAGCGUGUACACUGCUGCAAAUUCUGCGGGCUUUUAUGGAUCGGGAAAUUAUGAUCUUAGUAACCUAAGGGGACGUAAUUUUCAAGAAGGAACGUACCUAGAUAAUGCGCACUCCUCAUUGUUAUCCAACGCGCAAUAUAGUACGCAAGCGAUAAAUAGAAAUUCUCAUUAUAGCAAUAGUCAAUUCAGUAAUUCGAAUUAUCGAAAUAGUCAUCGUGCAUCUCCAUCUCAGUCACAACAUAUAAGUGACCUACAAGCUUCAGAUGGCUCACAAGGUUAUCAACAAUUUGAUUACGGAGGUCAAGCUGCAGCCGCAGAAAUUUAUUCCAAAAGCAAUGGGCGGGUUGCCUCCGAUCGAUACAGCAAUGAUCAGAAUGCCUACGACCAAUACAACUCGAAUGCACUUGCUAACAAUGAAGCGAUUAUUAACAUUGAUACUAGUGUUCAUAAGCCCAAACAUUUCCAAUCAGCAUACAGCUAUCAUAAGCAAUGGGAAAAACAUGACACAAAACCAUUAAUCAUAUCAGUACCUAAUAGUAAUUAUCCCAAAAAUAAUGAUCUUCCUAUUCCCGAAAAUAGUGAACUUUAUGAAGAUGCAGUAGCCCAAACUUCGAAUCAACAGUUUGAAGAGGCUGGAUUCAAUUCUCAUAAUCAUGCUAGUAGUAUUAACAGUGAUUAUAGUGGCCAAUCUAAAUCAUCUAGGAACUCUCGACUAAGUUCUGCAGCUAAUGGCGACGCAUACAAUCAAUUGCUGGCAGUUAGUGAUAGUAAACCAAAAACCUAUCAUUCUUCGUAUUCGUAUAAAAAGUCAUGGGAGCGUAGGGGUGAUCCUUAUGUAAUACAGCCUAGUGUAAGAUCACAAGUCGAUAGUGAUUACGACGCAACAGCUGCACAAACAUUGACAUCAAAUGCCAACCUUUUAGAUUCACAAAGAUACACGCACAACCAACAUCAGUCACUGAAUGCCAUAAACUGUCAAAUCUGUGAUGAACAUGGCUAUAUCCGUGUUCCACGGUCAUAUAACGUUAAUCAGUAUUUCGAACGAGCACAAAAACAUGACGACCAACAAAUAACACAACAGAUUCAGAACUCUGAUGAUUUACAGCAAGGAAAUAAUCAAUUCGAAACACUGGAAGACCUCGGUCAACAAACUCAAAAUCAGUGGGACAACCUCGAAAAUUUGGGUCAACAAACACAAGAUAGCUGGGGUAAAGCUGAAGACUUAAGUCAGCAAACUCAAAACAAUUUUGAUAAACUUGAAGACUUGGGACAACAAACGCAAAACCAUUGGGGUAAAUUAGAAGAUUUAGGGCAACAAACACAAAAUCAAUGGGACAACCUUGAAAAUUUGGGUCAGCAGACACAAGAUAGCUGGGGAAAAGCAGACGAGUUAAGCCAGCAAACUCAAACCAAUUUUGAUAAAUUGGAAGACUUGGGACAACAAACACAAAACCAUUGGGGUAAAUUAGAAGAUUUAGGGCAACAAACACAAAAUCAAUGGGACAACCUCGAAAAUUUGGGUCAGCAGACACAAGAUAGCUGGGGUAAAGCAGACGAGUUAAGCCAACAAACUCAAACCAAUUUUGAUAAAUUGGAAGACUUGGGACAACAAACACAAAAACAUUGGGGUAAAUUAGAAGAUUUGGGGCAACAAACACAAAAUCAACGGAGAAACCUCGAAAAUUUGGGUCAGCAGACACAAGAUAGCUGGGGUAAAGCUGAAGACUUAAGUCAGCAAACUCAAAACAAUUUUGAUAAAUUUGAAGACUUGGGGCAACAAACACAAAAUCAAUGGGGAAACCUCGAAAAUUUUGGUCAGCAGACACAAGAUAACUGGGAUAAGGCAAAGGACUUAAGCCAGCAAACUCAAAACAAUUUUGAUAAACUUGAAAGCUUUGGACAACAAACACAUCAUCACUGGAACAGUUUUAGCCGAGAACAAAAUCAACAUUCUUGGAAUAAACUGGAGAAUGGAGCAUCGAAUUAUUACCAUCAAACACAAUAUGAUUUACAAUCUACAAAUAAUACAGCAAGAGAUAAAGUAACAGUUGAAACUUUAGGUCAGCCAUACAUUUUACCAAGUAGUAAUUCUCAAAUACCCAAUGAUAAUUCACCUUGGAAUAAAAUUAAUAAUCUAGGCCCAAAUAAAUUCAAUAACCCAAAUCAAUUUACUCAACUACAUGUCAAUGGCAUGGACAGUAACCAUCAGACUUUUACGCAAACGCAAAAUAUUUGGACUGUAGGUUCUAGGGGUUUGAACAAUUAUAACUCAAAUACCAUUCAAGUUUACUCAAACAAUAGACCAAAUCCUCAAACAAAUUAUAGUAUAGCUAAUUCUCAAUUUGACACUAAUGAUAAACAACAUGCAGAAACAACAGAGAUCAACUGGAAUUCAAACAGACAAACUGAGAACAGGGAAGCUAACAAUCAUAUCAGCUGGUUAAACACAAACACAUAUAAUCAUAAAGCCUCACAGCCUGUAUCUGGAAGUGAUUCUGAACACACAAAUGGCUUAUUCAAUUUAUGGAAUAAAGUAGAAAUAAUAGAAAAACAGUCAGGUGUUCCUAAAAAAGAUAAAGAUGACAGUGAAAAGGUUCAUGAAGACCUUUUUACGAACUUAAAUCAAAACCAAGGCUCAACUACUGAGAAUACACAAAACCAUAAUUUAAAUUUCUUUAUAGAAAAAGAACGACAAUUUACACCAUCACAUUUAAAACCUGAUGAGCCUAAUUCACAAACAGUAAACGGUACAAUUUCAAACACAACCAAAAAACCAGUGAAAAACUAUAUAAGUGUGCCUGAAACAGAAAAAUCUGAUGUAGGUCGAGGUGACAUAGGACCUGAAGAUACUGUAAUAACAGCUUCAGAAAUCCCAAAUAAUGGUAAUAAUGAACCUGAAGCUAUUAUUACUUCCACUUUAAAGUCAACAAUAAAUGUGACCAACAAAAAAUUAGAUCAUCAAAAAGAGUCAGAUCUGAAGGUUACAAAUCUGUUUAUUGGUGAAAACCAAAAACACAAAAUAGAUAACUCUGAUCAAGAACAAACUAAUACUUUUGAGCAACAAAAUGUGGAUAAUCAAUUUGAAAUUCAGGAUAAUACAGAAUUUAAUCAAAACACAUUCAGUCAAUUUCCAGAUUUUAGUAUCCAGCAAAGUCAAUUAGAACAUAAUUUUGAACAGCUUGAGGACUUUGGUCAACAAAAUAACAACUACCAUCAGGAAAUUAGUAGCUUUGACCAGCAAAAUACAGAUUCACAAUUGGAUAUUGGUCAUGAAGAAACAAAUGUACAAUCUCAAGAUGAUGGCAACCAAUCUCCAUGGAAAAGAAUAGGAAAUAUUGAAAAUGAACACAAAGUCUCAACAUCUAAUUUAGAAGUUUUGCCUGUUCAAAAAGAAAUAAAUCACAAUUUUCAAGCUACUGAUUACAUUCAACAACAAAAUAAUGACCAUCUUCAGAACAAGGACAGUGAGGGUUCAGAAGACCAUAAUCAAAACAUCAAUAUUUCAACAACACCUGAAACAGUUACUGAAAAACCUGGCUUUUGGAAAUCAGUAGGAAGUAAAUUAAAUAAUGUUUAUUCUUGGUUCAGUAGCAGUUAAGAAUAUAAUUGAAGUGUGUGUUGUAAAAUGUA